AUGGAUCCAAACACAACCCUAAUCAUUGGCUUGGAUAUCGGCACCUGCCUCACCAAGAUCUGCUAUCGACGUCCAGGUAGUGCCGUUACGGAAACUAUCACGAAGUGGUCCAACGGCUCCCCUUCCCAAUGUCGAAUGGCAUCACCCACUGCCCCAUCCGCAUUGUAUUAUCCUCUAGGCUCGACCAUCCCGAUUUUGGAACACAAGCAAAUUGAUGACGAACCGGAAAAUUAUGACGCCAGGAGACUAGUUAAAUACUGGAAUAGUGGUUUGCAACCAGGUUCCCGUACUCACACGGAUAUAGCGGCUAAGGCGGAGCUGCUAAAAAUCAACAUCGAUCAGUUCGCAUUUCAGAUGACUACUGUUACUAAACCGGUUGUUCUUCGAUAA